AUGUGGCUCCAGAAAUGGAGUCCUGACUUCAAACCAGAGGAAGACCUGCCUAUAGUUCUAGUAUGGAUCCUACUUCCAAAGCUACCUUUUCACCUUCAUACGUGGCCCUAUGUAAAACAAAUUGCAAGGGAGGUUGGCACUCCACUGGAAAUGGAUGUUGCAACGAGGGGGAAAACCAGACCAAGUAUGGCCGAAGUUAGAGUUGAGGUGGAUCUCCUUAAGCCAUUACCUAACCAUAUUUGGGUUGGUAACGAAGACGACGAUUCUCCAUUGAAAGGUUUCGAACAAAAACUAGAAUAUGAAAGUGUGCCCAAGUACUGUAGGCACUGCAGAAAGCUGGGACAUGAUUUGAUAAAUUGUAGAGUGGUAGAGAAGAUGAGAAUUGCUGAGAAGAAAGAAGAGGACAGAACCAUGAUGCUACAGGAGCAUGAAGGGGGAAACAAGGACUCAAGAGAAGAGGGAUUGAUCCAUAACAAUAACAAGGCAACCCAAGAAAAGGCAAAGGAAAUGGCAACAAUGGAAAGAAAACCACCAGAGGAUCAGAAGAUCAAAGAGAUGACCAAUAUCAAAAUGAGAUCUAACAGCAAAAAGAAGAAGAAAGCCAAGAACAAAAAGAUAACAAAGAAAAAACCGAAGGUCACCUUUAAACCACAAAAGGUGAGGCAAAAGGAGAAUGAAGAAAGGAAUUUUGCUGGGGAUAAACAAUCUAUUCCGGUGGAGGAAAACAAUAACCUUCAAAAGCAGAAUGAGGAAAGCAACAACAGUAACAGAAAGGAAGAUAAUAAUAACAGGGAUGCCCAGUCUUCUAUUAAGGAGCAUGAAGUAGAUAGGGGAAAAGAACUAGCUGACAUCUCUUCAAAGGAAGGCAGAGAGCUAGUAUAA